CGCGAUUGAAAGUCCAAUUAGAUAAAAUGGGAGGUUAUUUCCUACGCAGAACACCAUCUCCUAAUCUUCCAUUUAAGCUUUUAAUUUCUGCUUUCAGUCUGUUGUUCCAAACGCAUCAAAAUAGAAAGGUCGCUCCAAAAGAAAGGCCUAAAAGCGACGAUUCCUAUUUCUUCCCUGUUUUGUAAGUGCAUCUAUCUGAGAUGGCAGGGUUUCGGAUUCGUCGUCGAUUUUCAGUGAGUCGCUUUAACAUCGAGGGUCGGGGCCUGAGAGCUGGAUUGACAAGGAAGCCAAGGGUUAAAACGCGUGUGAUGCAGUCACCCAAAGCUUCGCUAGUUGCAGAGAUCAAGGCGCUGAAUUGGAUGCUUAGUGAAGCCAACAAACUCGCUGAGAAAUGGAUUGACGAUCAUCUUGUUGAGAUUGAAAAUGACCCUUCGAUGAGGGACGCUUUUGAAAUGAUCGAUCCUCAGAAUCACAAUAUGAGGAACACUUUAUUGGGUAGUGAGCUUGACCUUUUACAGGACGGCGGCGCCGCCCUGACCGCCGUGAGUUGUGUAAACGCUGGGUUUACACUAGAAGAUGAUGCUGCUGAAGAAGAUGGUCUAAUGAUCGUUAAAUGUCCCAAAAAUAAUGCCACGAUCCAGACACUCGAGAGAACAGAAUCCAUCCGCCCCACUCGCUACUCACACUUCCAUGCUUGUCAUGUGGCUUAAAAUAUUAUGUCCGUAAAAUUAAGUGUGUUGUGUUAUAUAACUUAAGUUUUAUAAUGAUGGAUGUAAGAUUAAGUACCUCAUCAAAGCACUUGGUUAUUAAAUAUUGUAAUAUGCAUUACCCUUUUUAUAUUGUGUGUUUAGUUCUUCAAAUUUGUAAUAUGCUUUGUUUUUCU